AUUUCAUUCUCAUCCGUUGCUUCCUUUUCAAUCCGAUUCUCUCACACCCUUUAACCCCUUUUCUUUCCAUUUUCAUCUUCUCUCUAUUUGGAGUUCUUUUUUUUUUAUUUUUUUUUCUGCUUUUGAUUCCUUUUAACCACUGGGUUGUUCAUUGGCAUCUGAAUUUCCGUUUGUUGUAAAGAUCUGUUUUGUCCAAAAUAGUUGCUGCUUUCUGACAUUUUUGAAGUCUUCAAUAGGGUAUAUUGUGGAGAAAAUUCAAUGGACUCUUCAUACUUUGACUCUAAUGGGGGAGUCUCACUAAAGCAAAAACUGAAAUCGGCUUCAGUGGAGACAAAAAUCCCUACUAGUGACAAUGGUUGCUUUGAAUGCAAUAUUUGUUUGGAAUCGGCACAUGACCCUGUGGUCACUUUCUGUGGUCACCUUUACUGUUGGCCAUGCAUAUAUAAAUGGCUUGAUGUCCAAAGCUCUUCUGAUGAAUCAGAUCAGAAUCAGACAUGCCCGGUUUGUAAAUCUGAGAUAUCUCAUGCUUCAUUAGUCCCCCUUUAUGGCCGCGGAACAUCUAAUUCAGAAUCUGAAUCCAAGAAAAUCCAGAAGAGUCUGGGAAUACCUCACAGGCCACCUCCUUACAACUUGAAUGCAGUGUUAACUUCUACUCGUCCGCGGCUGCGGCAGCCGCAUCCCGGGCAGCAACUCCAUCCAAGUUAUUUCCAGGCACAAUCACGGCCAUUUCAUUAUGAACACUACAUUCCUCACCUUUAUGGAAGUUAUGGUACCAAUGGAUUACCUUAUCUUGGAGGUGCAGCUAUGACUAGUUUCUUUAACCCUGUGAUUGGUAUGUUUGGGGAGAUGGUCUUGACAAGAAUUUUUGGAGUCUCACAGGCAAAUUUGUUUGCUUACCCUCAUAAUGGAAGUGGCAGUCCUAGAAUGAGAAGGCAAGAAAUGCAGAUUGACAAGUCUCUGAACAGAGUUUCUAUCUUUCUUCUUUGUUGUAUCCUUUUGUGUCUUCUCUUAUUUUGAAGACCAUUUUAUUUCACUGAAUGUAUAGGCACUAGUGUGCAGUUAUGAAUAUUGAUACUGUUAGGGAUAUAUACUACAGGUUGUGCAAUCAUGUGGAUAGUAGAUUUUGGUAUAUAUUGUGAUUAUGAUGAUGUUUAUU